AGAUUACGAAAAACAGAUUUGGCUGGACCAAAAUAAAAGUUGUUACAGAAAUUUAAAAACAAAUCACCCCAAAGGCUCAAGGGAAACGCCCGAUCCGAUUUUAAGUGAGGGAGCAAUGGAAUUACUUACAAGUUAGAACAAAGGGGGCGGGCUCCCUGAUUAUCGCCUGUGUCGGUCGGCACUGUCCUUUCACGUACCUACAUUCGGACGCCGAUGCUUUAUCUAUCCGUUUUCCAUUUGAAACUUUGCUAUCUUUUGGCUUCUUCAUCCCUGCACGUAGUAAUGGCUAAUUAAUCCAGGCCGCUGAGCCACCCAGCGCUGAAUCUAGGUGUUUGGGGAGGUGGGCAGCAGAUAGAUUAUGUCUGUGUCGCAAACCCUAGGUGGGGCGUCCCGCUGCGGGUGGGUUCUGGGUCCUUCAUUGGACAAGAUCAUCAAGAAUGUAGCCUGGAGGAAACACUCCCACCUCGUUUCCGCCUGUAAAUCUGCGCUCGACAAGUUCGAAUCUUUAGUUGAUGCUUCGGAUCCCACUUCCUGCUUCCCACUCUACGGCUUGUCUUCUUCCGACGGUGAGCUCCUCCUUCAGCCCCUAAUCAUGGCGGUUGAGUCGGGCUCCCCCAAGGUUCUCGAGCCUGCCCUCGAUUGUGCAUUCCGACUCUUUUCGUUGAGUCUCAUCCGCGGCUGCGAAAUCAAAGACAACUCCUCGAUCAUUUUCCGCCUUAUUGACUCGGUCUGCAAAUGUGCUGCCUUUGGAGACGACGCAAUUGAGCUUGCCGUGCUCAAGGUCCUACUCUCUGCUGUGCGAUCCCCUUGCAUCUACAUCAGUGGUGAUUGCCUUGUCUAUAUCGUGAAGUCCUGCUACAAUAUAUACCUGGGUGGCCACAGUGGUACCGUUCAAAUCUGUGCUAAGUCUGUUCUUGCCCAGAUGAUGAUUAUUGUGUUCACCAGGGUCGAGGAAAAUUCCAUGCUUGUUAACUUCAAGAAUGUGUCUGUAUCUGAAUUACUGGAGUUCGCUGAUAGGAAUCUUAAUGAAGGAAGUUCCAUCCAUUUCGCUCAGAACUUCAUAAAUGAAAUUGUGGAGUCCAAGGAUAGCCCUCCUGAUGUCAAUUUGUCCUUGGAUCUGCAAAAUGGUCGCAAUUUUCCGGAAGAAAAAGCUGAUGAAGGACAUGGCAAGUCUGUUGAUGAGGCUGCUGAUUUGAGCGGGUACAGUCAGAUUAGGGAGGAUGGUUUUAUGCUCUACAAGAAUUUGUGCAAAUUAUCUAUGAAAUUUUCGUCACAGGAGGAUCCUGAUGAUCAGAUCCUUUUGAGGGGAAAAAUUCUGUCCUUGGAGCUUUUGAACGUCAUCAUGGGCAAUGCAGGUCCAAUCUGGCGUACCAAUGAGAGGUUUCUUAGUGCAGUCAAGCAAUACCUAUGCUUGUCAUUGUUGAAGAACAGUGGGCUAUCUGUUAUGACUGUUUUUCAGCUUCUUUGUGCAAUACUAUGGAACUUACUCUCAAAAUAUAGGUCCAGUUUGAAAUCAGAGAUUGGAGUUUUUUUCCCCAUGCUGAUUCUUCGUGUACUAGAGAAUGUGCUUCAACCUAGUUUCUUGCAGAAGAUGACUGUUUUGAGUUUACUGGAGAAGAUCUCUCAGGACUCACAGAUUAUAAUUGAUACUUUUGUCAACUAUGACUGUGAUGUGGAGGCUCCAAAUAUAUUUGAAAGGACUGUCAAUGGCCUUCUGAGAACUGCCCUAGGUCCACCACCUGGUUCCAUUGCCUCUUUGUCUCCUGCCCAAGAUAUGACAUUUCGUUAUGAAUCGGUGAAGUGUCUGGUUAGAAUUAUCAAAUCAAUGGGAUCAUGGAUGGACCUGCAGCUGAAAGUUGGGGAACUUAAUCCACCUAGGUUCUCUGAUAAUGAAAAGUUGACUGAGACUCCUACUUACCCAAUUGAUGAUGCAAAUAUUGCUGAUUACGAGCUGCAUUCAGAAGCAAACUCAGAAUUCUCUAAUGCUGCGUCAUUGGAACAGCGUAGAGCUUAUAAAUUAGAAAUUCAGAAAGGUGUUGCGCUGUUCAAUAGAAAACCUUCCAAGGGAAUUGACUUCUUAAUAAGCACCAAAAAAGUUGGAAGCUCUCCCGAAGAAGUGGCUUCUUUUCUCAAAAGUACUCGGGGCCUGAAUGAAAGUAUGAUUGGCGAUUAUUUCGGUGAAAGAGAGGAAUUCCCUAUGAAAGUUAUGCAUGCAUAUGUAGAUUCCUUCAACUUUGAGAAAAUGGGCUUUGGUGAAGCAAUCAGAUUCUUUUUAAGAGGAUUUAGGUUACCUGGAGAAGCACAAAAGAUUGACCGCAUCAUGGAAAAGUUUGCGGAACGCUUUUGUAAAUGCAACCCAAACUCAUUCACCAGCGCAGAUACAGCUUAUGUCCUCGCUUACUCAGUGAUCAUGCUCAACACGGAUGCUCAUAAUAGUAUGGUGAAGGAUAAGAUGACCAAGGCUGAUUUCAUCCGGAAUAACCGAGGGAUCGAUGAUGGCAAGGAUCUACCUGAAGAUUAUUUGGGUGCACUUUACGAUCAAAUUGUAAAAAAUGAGAUUAAAAUGAAUGCUGAGUUGUCUGCUCCCCAAAGCAAACAAGGAAACAGCCUGAAUAAACUACUGGGCUUUGAUGGCAUACUCAAUCUGGUAUGGAAACAGACAGAGGAAAAGCCAUUGGGUGCAAACAGCAAUCUAAUAAGGCAUAUCCAAGAGGAGUUUAAAGCAAAAUCUUCAAAAUCAGAGGUUGUUUAUUAUGCUGUAGCAGAUCCUACAAUAUUAAGGUUCAUGAUGGAAGUUUGCUGGGGCCCAAUGAUUGCUGCAUUUAGUGUAACUUUGGACCAGAGUGAUGACAAGGAAGCUACUGCUCAGUGCUUGCAGGGAUUUCGGCAUGCUGUGCAUGUUACCGCGAUGAUGGGUAUGCAGACCCAGAGAGAUGCUUUUGUUACCACUAUGGCUAAGUUUACUUACCUCCAUUGUGCUGCAGAUAUGAAGCAAAAAAAUGUAGAUGCUGUCAAGGCUAUCAUAUCAAUUGCUAUUGAAGAUGGAAAUUACCUUCAGGAAGCAUGGGAACAUAUUUUGACAUGCUUAUCCCGAUUCGAACAUCUGCAGCUCUUGGGGGAGGGAGCACCUUCUGAUGCAUCUUUUCUUAAUGCACCUAUCUCUGAAUCCGAAGAGAUAACAUUAAGAAACGCUAGUUAUCCAGCUUUAAAGAAAAAAGGAACACUCCAGAAUCCAGCUGUAAUGGCAGUUGUUCGGGGGAGCUCUUAUGAUAGCACUUCUAUUGGAGUCAACUCGCCUGGUCUUGUUACUCCAGAGCAGAUCAACAACUUCAUUUCAAACUUGCAUUUACUAGAUCAAAUUGGGAAUUUUGAAUUAAACCACAUCUUUGCUCAUAGCCAAAGGUUAAACAGUGAGGCAAUAGUGGCUUUUGUAAAGGCACUCUGCAAAGUCUCAAUGUCAGAAUUGCAGUCUCCAACUGAUCCACGUGUGUUUAGCCUCACAAAAAUCGUGGAAGUUGCGCACUACAAUAUGAAUCGCAUAAGACUAGUGUGGUCCAGAAUAUGGAGUGUCCUGUCAGAAUUUUUCGUGGCAGUUGGUUUGUCAGAAAAUCUAUCUGUUGCAAUCUUUGUUAUGGACUCAUUGCGGCAGCUUGCUAUGAAAUUCCUAGAGAGAGAAGAAUUGGCAAACUAUAAUUUCCAAAAUGAAUUUUUGAGACCAUUUGUGGUUGUGAUGCAUAAAAGCUGUUCCCCGGAGAUCAGAGAGUUAAUAGUUCGAUGCAUCUCGCAAAUGGUCCUCAGCCGGGUCAAUAAUGUUAAAUCUGGAUGGAAGAGUGUUUUCAUGGUUUUUACAGCAGCUGCAGCUGAUGAAAGAAAGAGCAUAGUCUUGCUAGCCUUUCAAACAAUGGAAAAAAUAGUGCGGGAAUAUUUUCCCUAUAUAACUGAGACAGAAACAGAAGCAUUAACUUUUACUGAUUGCGUUAAGUGCCUCAUCACCUUCACAAAUAGUAAAUUCAACAGUGAUGUCAGCCUCAAUGCUAUUGCUUUUCUUCGGUUCUGCGCUCUGAAACUUGCAGAUGAUGGACUUGUUUGCAAUGAGAAAAGUAAGGGUGAUGAUUCAUGCAGUCAAGUAAUGAAGGACAAUGCUUUGGAUGGUCAAAUGUACAUAGACAAGGAUGAUCAUAUGUACUUCUGGGUUCCUUUGCUCUCAGGGUUAUCAAAAUUGACAUGGGAUCCUAGAUCAGCCAUCAGAAAGAGUGCUCUAGAAGUUCUCUUUAAUAUUUUGAAGGACCAUGGUCACCUUUUCUCGCAGCCAUUUUGGACCUAUGUUUUCAAUUCUGCGAUCUUUCCAAUAUUCACAGUUGAUAGCAAAGAGGCUUGUAAGGAGGAUAGCGGUUCGCUGAACUCUGGACCAAUGCAUCCGGAUGGGAGCCUAUGGGACUCUGUAACUUCUGUAGUUGCAGCAGAAUGUCUCAUUGAUUUAUUUAUCCAUUUCUUUGAUUUGAUAAGGGCCCAACUGCAUGGAGUGGUAUCCAUAUUAGUGGAAUUCGUAAUUAGUCCAGGUCAAGGUCCCUCAAGCGCAGGGGUGGCUGCUUUAAUGCGCUUGGCUGCUGAUUUGAGAGGCAAACUUUUGGAAGAGGAAUGGCUAGAUAUCUUUCUUUGUCUGAAAGAGGCUGCUGGAUCCAAUUUGUCUGGUUUUGCAAAGCUUUUGAAAACUAUGGACGGUAUUGAGAUGCCUCAUGUUGCUCGCCCCAAUGAUUACACAGAAUCUACUUCUGGCCGUGGAGUAACUGAUGAUGGUUCAGAGGAUGACAACCUGCAAACUGUGGCAUAUGUUGUCUCAAGGAUGAAAGUCCAUAUAGCUGUACAGUUGCUCAUCAUACAGGUGGUGACUGAUCUUUACAAGAUGUACCAGCAGUCCUUGCCUGUAAACAUCGUCGCCGUCCUUCUUGAAAUUUAUUCAUUGACUGCAUCUCAUUCUAAUAAAUUGAACUCUCAAACUACAUUACUGCUUAAGUUAGAGAAAAUAUGCUCUAUCCUGGAGAUCUCAGAUCCACCGCUGGUUCAUUUUGAGAAUGAGUCUUACAGGAACUACAUAAAUUUUCUGCAUGAUUUACUCAUGAAUAGUCCAUCUACGUCUGAGGACAAGAAUGUUGAAGCAGAGCUUGUGUCUGUAUGUGAGAAAGUGUUGCGGAUAUACCUGGAGUGCGGUGGACUCGGAUAUGCCUCACAGAAAGCCAUACAUAAGUCUAGAAUACAUUGUUUUCUUCCGUUGGGCUCAGCAAAGAAGGAGGAAUUGGCAGCUCGUACUCCAUUAGUUCUGACAGUGAUGCAGACUUUGGGUAGUCUAGGAAGAGAUAUUUUCAGGAGGCGCGUUUUGCAGUUAUUUCCGUUGUUUGUAGAUCUUGUUCGAAGUGAGCAUAGUUCACCAGAAGUGCAGCGGGUUCUAAGCGACAUAUUUCAAUCAUGUAUAGGUCCACUAGUAAUGAAGUAAUGUUUUGUUCAAUGUACAGUAAAAGAAUCGAGUUACCUUUGACUCUCAUUCGGCAUGUCCUUCUCGUCCUGAUUUUCUUUUUGGUACAACCUAGUGCGUUAUGUAGGAAUGUCGCAAGUUCAUUUUAUUUGAGAUUUUGUCUUCGCACACCCAUUUCUUGUAGAUUUUCAUUUUCGGCGAAGAUCUUUUAGAUUUUAGUUUUUCGGGGAAAUGCAAUAGGAACUUUGUUACUAUUUUAACGAGCGUGUGAGGAAUGAGGACAUGGAGGAACUAACCUCAACAUUUAUUCCCGAAAUUGAACCAGUCAUCGGUUUGCCAUCUUACAUAAAGACACAACGGUGAGAGAGUAGUCACAUGUCCUUCGCCCCCGAAAGA